AUGUCGUCUAUUGAUAGUCCCAUGAAUUCAAAGACAAAUUUGUCCAUUUCAUCAGGAUCAUUGCCAGUCAAACAAGUCACUUAUUCAGGUGAUAGAAAUGAAUAUGUAAUUAUUGACAAUAAGAAGUAUUUACGACAUGAACUUAUGCAAGCAUUUGGUGGUACAUUUAAUCCAGGGUUAGCUCCGUAUCCAAAACAUAAAUUUGCAAAUGCUGCAGCUUUGGGACUUGCCGCGUUUUCUAUAACAACAUUCACUCUUGGUCUUUAUACUGUUGGUGCCAUGGGCAUAAAAAUCAGCAGUGUUAUUGUUGGGUUAUGUUUCUUCUUUGGUGGAGCAGUCCAAUUUCUUGCUGGUGUUUGGGAAAUGGCUGCUGGAAGUACUUUUGCAGGAACUGCUUUUAUAAGUUAUGGAUCUUUUUGGAUUACUUAUGCGACCAUGUCAGUUGAAGCAUUUGGAGUUGCUGCUGCGUAUAAAGAUGAACCAGAACAAUUUGGUAAUGCUUUGGGAUUUUAUUUAAUUGGAUGGGGUUUAUUCACUGUAAUGAUGAUAAUGUGUUCCUUGAAAUCUACGUUUGAGUUUGUAGGAUUACUUACAACAUUGUUGUUGGCUUUCUUGCUUUUAGCAGCAGCAAAUAUGACCGGUUCGGCAUCUGUAACUAAAGCUGGAGGUGUACUUUGUCUUAUUUCUGCCCUGUUUGGUUUUUAUAAUAUGUAUUCUGGUAUUGCUAAUGAGCAAAAUACUUAUUUUAUUCUACCAUCAUUCCCAAUCCCAGUAUAUGGCGAUUCUAAAUGA